ACACAGUCAGUCGAGUCAGCAGAGCGAACCAUCCUCCUGGUUCCUCCGAGGGAACCUCUCUGGCCUCCGAGAUCCUCCGGCGCUUCAGGCGGCUCCACAUGGACCACACCUGGACCGAGUCUCUGUACGCCACGCUGCAGUUCCCCGACAGGUCUCAGAGGAGCUCUCUGUGGCUGCUGGACUCUGCAGGACUGAUCUCAGAACAGAUUCCCCUGAACCCAUCUGACUUCUGUCCAUACAGCGCCACAGCAAGUGCCACGGGGGGCGUGGUCUACGCCAACUACGGCCGCCCGGAGGAUUUUAACUGGCUGAAGAGCGCGGGCGUGUCUGUGAUUGGCUCUGUGGUGGUGAUGCGUGUCGGGGGCGGGGUCAGUUUCGCUGAGAAGGUCUGGUUGGCUGAGAGGAGCGGAGGGGGCGGAGCUUUGAUCUACCCCGACCCAGCCGACCUGCCCCAGGACCCCCGGCGCCUCGGACUGAACACACACACCGCCGUGUCUGAACAUGUCCACCUGGGGUCAGGUGACCCCUUCACUCCCGGUUUCCCGUCCUUCAACCACACCCAGUUCCCGCCCAUCCAGUCCUCUGGCCUGCCGCUGAUCCCCGUCCUGCCAAUCAGCGCCACGGUGGCCGCCAAGCUGCUCAGCCAGCUGUCGGGCCCGUCCUGCCCGUCGUCCUGGCGUGGGCGGCUGCCCUACGUGCGCUGCGUGGUCGGCCCAGAGUUCAGCACCGGACGCAGAGUCAAGCUGUCGGUCCACAACGCCCUGACCCCGGUCCUGCUGAACAACAUCUUCUCCUCUCUGACGGGCCGAGUAGAGCCAGACCAGUACAUCAUCCUGGGAGCUCAGAGGGACUCUCUGGGCCCCGGCGCCGUGACCUCCGGAGUCGGGACGGCCCUCCUCCUGGAGCUGGCGCGAACUUUCUCCGCCAUGGUGAAGAAAGGUUUCAGUCCCAGACGCAGUUUGCUGUUCGUCAGCUGGGACGCUGGAGAUUUUGGGAACGUCGGGGCGACUGAAUGGCUGGAGGGUUACCUGUCCAUGCUCCACCUGAAGGCUGUAGCCUACUUCAGUCUGGACCAGGCCGUCAUGGGUGAUGAUGUCCUGUCGGCCUACACCAGUCCUCUACUGGUCGACCUGGUGGAUGCUGCAAUCAGACAGGUGGAGCAUCCCAAACAUGUGGGUCAGACCAUCUACAGCCAGGCUGAGAAAGAGGGAGGCAGCUGGAGGAUGUGAGACACACACACACACACACACACACAGACACACACACACACACACACACAGA